AUGAAUAAAAGGAUAUUUAGUUUAGUUUUUAUCGCCUUAUAUUCCAUUUUGGCUGCGUCUGCUGUAGGAAAUAAAAGCGUUCGUGGUACUAAAGAAAUAAACAUAAAUAACGAAACAAAUGGUAUAGAAUUUAAACGCGAAACACAAUUAAAGAAUAACAAUCCUAAAGAUGAUAAAGACAAUGAAGAAUUUAAUUGUUUUAAUAUAUUUAAAAGAAAUAAAAGAACUAAAGCACCUUCAUAUAGUAAAGAAUCAUUAAUUCAUCUAUGUAAUACAAUAACUGAAAUAUAUCCAAAUAGCGAUAAAUUUACUUCUCAGGACAUAUUUCAGGUGGAACAAAAGUUGCAAAACAUUCGUGAAAACAAUCCAGAACUUUAUAAGAUUUUAUUAGAAUCUAAAGAAGUAAUAGAAAAAUACCUUUCAAAAAAAAAAAAAAGUAAAUAA